CCUAAUUUCUCACUCUCUGUAAUCUUUGUUUCAAUCGGAAGAGGAGAAAUCACAACGGUGAAGAAGCUCUUAACUCUUAACAGCUUAGAAGAACAAUUCCUUUAUACUAGAUUUUCAUGGCUUCAGGCGAAUUCCGGCGCAGAGAAGUUGAAGCUCUACUCUUACUUGGAGAAGCUCGUGUGCUCAUCGCGUCCGAGUCGCCCUCGCUUUGAAAGGGCUUGAUUGAUUAUGAGUAUAUAUACCAGUGAAUUGGGAAACGAAAAAAAGCUGAUAUCUUCACUUCUACACUUCUCGACAUUCACUUCAAGAUGCUAGAGAGAAACAAGAAAGAGAUUGGAUGUGUACGUUAAAUGGCGAAUCUUUUAGCAAUAAAGCAUUUCUGGGAUUUGAAGUUGCAAGGGACUACAAAAUUAUCAGCUCAAGUUGCAAGGGACUAUAAAUUUUGCCUUGUGUGUUAAGCAUUCUCACUUUUAUGUUUACACAAGUUUUUUAAAUUUGAAUUUUUGGAUCCUCCUAUUUUAGACCCCUCCCAUUGGACUAUGUCAAAACUAAUAAACUUUCUCCAGUUUCUAACUUGUAACUUUGCAUUUUUUCAGUUAUAAAUAUUGUUGGAUCCCAAAAAAUGGAUCCAAUCAUUGGAGAUGCUCUCUACCACACAGAAAAAAGAAUCUCAAUUGUUAUCCAUCGUUUAUUAUAAGCCGCACAUAUAACAUCUUGAUUUUGUAGGCAAAUGGUUCUUUUUCUUUUUUUCUGUGUAUCAACUGUUUUUAAACACAAACGUGUUGGACGGAGACAUAUUGGAAUCAUGUGCGUACUAAACGUCUUUAUAUCCUUCUCCCUAUCUGCACAAAUACCACUCUCCUCCAUUAAUCAUAGCCACUCUCCUUGCUUCUCAAGCAAUUUAUCUUGGCUUCUCACCGCAUCUCUCAGCGCCGGCAAAUGGAAUCUGUUUCACGUGAACCUUCAAGUUCGAAAAGUCCUAAAGAAGGAGAAGAAGAAGAGACUACUAAGAAAGUAAAAAACGAUGAGAAGACCAAGACAGUUCCUUUCUACAAGCUAUUUGCGUUUGCAGAUUCGUUUGAUGUCUUCUUGAUGAUCUGUGGCUCACUCGGAGCUAUUGGGAAUGGUGUUUCUUUACCUCUCGUUACAUUGUUGUUUGGUGAUCUCAUUGAUUCCUUUGGACAGAAUCAGAAUAAAAAAUACAUUGUCGAUGUUGUCUCAAAGGUUUGUCUUAAAUUCGUCUACCUUGCACUUGGAACACUAGGAGCUGCGUUUCUUCAGGUGGCUUGUUGGAUGAUAACUGGAGAGAGACAAGCGGCGAGGAUAAGAAGUACUUAUCUGAAAACAAUCCUGAGACAAGACAUUGGAUUUUUCGAUGUCGAAACAAACACAGGAGAGGUUAUUGGUAGAAUGUCUGGAGAUACUGUUCUUAUACAAGAUGCCAUGGGUGAGAAGGUUGGGAAGUUUAUUCAGCUGAUCUCUACUUUCGUGGGCGGAUUUGUUUUAGCUUUCCUCAAAGGAUGGUUACUAACAUUGAUUAUGUUAACUUCAAUUCCUCUUAAUGCAAUGGCUGGUGCAGCCAUGGCACUUAUAGUCACUCGAACUUCUUCUCGGGCACAAGCCGCUUAUGCGAAAGCAGCAACUGUUGUUGAACAGACAAUAGGGUCUAUCCGAACGGUUGCUUCUUUUACGGGAGAGAAGCAGGCUAUUAAUAGUUACAAGAAGUUCAUAACAUCGGCGUAUAAGUCAAGCGUUGAACAAGGUUUCUCAACCGGUUUAGGAUUUGGAAUAAUGUUCUUUGUGUAUUUCAGCACAUAUGCUUUGGCUAUCUGGUUUGGUGGAAAGAUGAUACUCGAAAAAGGGUAUAGCGGUGGCGAUGUGAUCAACGUCAUCAUCAUUGUGGUUGUGGGUUCAAGGUCGCUCGGGCAAACAUCUCCAUGUGUAACCGCAUUUGCCGCGGGUCAAGCUGCAGCAUAUAAGAUGUUUGAGACGAUCAAAAGAAAGCCUUUGAUUGAUGCUUACGACGUGAAUGGAAAGGUUCUUGGAGAUAUCCGAGGAGACAUUGAACUUAAAGAUGUUCACUUCAGUUACCCGGCGAGGCCAGACGAGGAUAUAUUCAACGGAUUCUCUCUGUUUAUCCCGAGCGGUGCAACAGCAGCAUUAGUAGGAGAAAGUGGAAGUGGCAAAUCUACGGUGAUUAGUUUGAUCGAGAGGUUUUAUGAUCCGAAAGCAGGCGAAGUACUUAUUGAUGGAUUUAAUCUUAAGGAGUUUCAGUUGAAAUGGAUCAGAAGCAAAAUAGGAUUGGUCAGCCAAGAACCGGUUCUGUUUUCAUCAAGCAUCAUGGAGAAUAUCGCCUACGGGAAAGAAAAUGCAACGCUUCAAGAGAUUAAAGCAGCAACCGAGCUAGCAAAUGCGGCAAAGUUUAUUGAUAAGUUACCUCAAGGGUUGGAUACAAUGGUAGGAGAGCACGGGACACAGCUCUCGGGUGGACAGAAACAAAGGAUAGCGAUUGCGAGAGCUAUUCUCAAAGAUCCGCGGAUUUUGCUUCUGGAUGAAGCAACAAGCGCGCUCGAUGCAGAAUCCGAAAGAGUGGUUCAAGAGGCUUUAGAUAGAGUGAUGGUUAACCGGACUACGGUAAUUGUCGCACAUAGGUUAAGCACGGUGAGAAAUGCGGAUAUGAUUGCGGUGAUUCACCGCGGCAGAAUGGUGGAAAAGGGUUCGCAUUCUGAGUUGUUAAAAGAUGCUGAGGGAGCUUAUUCGCAUCUCAUUCGGUUACAAGAGAUAAACAAGGGUCAAGAUGCUAAACCAUCAGACAUAUCUUCGGUAGAGGAGUCUGUUAUUAGUAGUGAAACCUUGUCUGUUGGAAAUAACCUUGGUAGCAGUAGCCAACGAGUUGGCAAAGAACCACUCCCAAAAGUAUCACUCACCAGAAUAGCAGCUCUAAACAAGCCUGAGAUCCCGGUUCUCAUUCUAGGAACCGUAGCAGCAGCAAUCAAUGGCACGAUUUUCCCGGUUUUUGGGAUUCUGAUUUCAAAAGUCAUCGAAGCGUUCUUCAAACCAGCUGAAGAAUUAAAGAAAGAUUCAAGAUUCUGGGCGAUCACUUUUGUAGCUCUUGGAGUAACUUCGUUGAUCGUCUCGCCGGCUCAAAUGUAUCUGUUUGCAGUAGCUGGUGGAAAACUGAUUCGGAGGAUUCGAUCAAUGUGUUUUGAGAGAGCGGUUCACAUGGAAGUUAGCUGGUUCGAUGAGCCACAUAACUCAAGUGGUAAGCUGGGGGCAAGACUAUCAGCUGAUGCAGCUUUGAUUAGGGCUCUAGUUGGAGAUGCAUUGGCUCUAGCGGUUCAAAACGCUGCAUCUGCUGCGGCUGGAUUAAUUAUUGCUUUCACUGCGAGUUGGGAAUUGGCGCUUAUAAUCUUGGUGAUGCUUCCUCUUAUUGGUAUAAAUGGUUUCGUUCAAGUCAAGUUCAUGAAAGGAUUCAGCGCCGACGCAAAGUCACAGUACGAGGAGGCCAGUCAGCUAGUGAAUGAUGCGGUGGGGAGUAUAAGAACAGUUGCGUCCUUCUGCGCAGAGGAGAAAGUGAUGCAGAUGUACAAGAAGCAAUGCGAAGGUCCAAUCAAAGACGGAAUAAACCAAGGUCUCAUCAGCGGAUUAGGGACUGGAUUUUCCUUCUUCCUUCUGUUUUGUGUCUACGCGACAAGCUUCUACGCUGGGGCAAGACUGGUUGAAGACGGCAAGACUACUUUCAAUGAUGUUUUCCAGGUGUUCUUUGGGUUAUCUAUGGCAGCGGUUGGGAUCUCUCAGUCGAGUUCUUUGGCUCCAGAUUCUAGCAAAGCCAAGGUUGCAGCUGCUUCGAUCUUUGCAAUCAUCGAUAGGAAAUCAAAGAUAGACUCGAGCGAUGAGUCAGGGAUAGUGUUGGAGAAUAUUAAGGGUGAUAUUGAGCUUAGUCACUUAAGCUUCACGUAUCCAGCAAGACCAGACAUUCAAAUCUUUAGCGAUCUUUGCUUAACCAUUCGUGCAGGAAAGACGGUUGCUUUGGUAGGAGAAAGCGGAUCGGGGAAAUCUACGGUGGUCUCGCUCUUGCAAAGAUUUUACGAUCCAGAUUCCGGUCAUAUAACCCUAGACGGAGUUGAGCUCAAGAAGCUGCAACUGAAAUGGUUGAGACAACAGAUGGGACUUGUGGGACAAGAACCUGUCUUGUUCAACGACACGAUUAGAGCCAACAUCGCUUAUGGCAAAGGAAGUGAAGACGCUGCAACCGAGUCUGAAAUCAUAGCUGCUGCAGAACUCGCCAAUGCACACAAAUUCAUCUCUAGCAUACAACAGGGUUACGACACAGUGGUGGGUGAGAGAGGGAUUCAAUUAUCAGGAGGACAGAAGCAGCGAGUGGCUAUAGCACGCGCCAUCGUGAGAGAGCCAAAGAUAUUGCUUUUGGACGAAGCAACGAGCGCUCUUGAUGCGGAAUCAGAGCGAGUGGUUCAAGAUGCGCUAGACCGAGUGAUGGUGAACCGAACAACGGUCGUGGUGGCUCACCGGUUAUCGACAAUUAAAAACGCUGACGUCAUUGCCGUCGUUAAGAACGGUGUGAUCGCUGAGAAAGGUACUCACGAGACGUUGAUCAAAAUCGACGGUGGGGUUUAUGCUUCGCUAGUUCAGCUUCACAUGACUGCUUCUAAUUGAGAUAUAUACGUUUUGAUGAUUGAUAUAUAUUUGGUUUGUGAGCCAAAACUAGGUUAUGUGUACAUAUUUUAUUUUGUUUUGUUAUUUUUAUUUUCUUUUUCGUUCUAAAGUUUGUAUUUAUAAUGAAUGGAUUUCGACUUUUUCGAUCUAAGAUGUUGAACGAUGUAUUUGACUUCGUAACACAAAACUUCUCUUUGUGUAACGUUCACUCA